CACAAAAAUCCUUAACCUCGGUAACCUUAGCCUCAGGACCUCAACUUCUACAUUAAUGUUUUCCCCAGUUUUUAUGUGAUUUUCCGCAGUUUUGUACACUGAGCUGACCAAAUUCUCUUUUCCUUUCUCUCGCAUCCUUAACCAAUAAACACAUAAAUCUUCGUGGACAUGGCAACAGCCUUGUCCACAACCAGUGUUUUUUGCUGGAGGAAUCGGCAACACAUGCAUAUGCCACCCUCUUCAGAAUCACUUUGCCACUUUUCACUCCAAAAUGGAGUUCUAAGAACUGUAGCUGCUUCGGUCUCGAAAGACAGUUGUUUGAUUUCUAGAGAAAGCGAGAACUGUUCCACUUUGUUGGUGAACAGAAGAACAGUUUUGGCUUCUGGGGUUUCCUUAUUGGGUUUUCCGGGAGAGAGUUUGGCAGUGGUAAAACAAGGUCCUCUAGCAGGGAGAAUCCCUGGUCUCUCCGAGCCAGAUGAACAAGGUUGGAGGACAUAUCGUAGGCCAGAUGAGAAGUCAGGAGGACAUGGUGUUGGAUGGAGUCCUAUUAUCCCAUAUGCCUUCUCAGUGCCUCCAGAAUGGGAAGAGGUACCGGUAUCAAUAGCGGAUCUUGGUGGCACAGAGAUAGAUUUGAGAUUUGCCAGCUCUAAAGAAGGACGCCUGUUUGUCAUUGUUGCUCCUGUUCUUAGAUUCUCUGAUAACCUUGGCGAUGAUGCUAAAAUAGAACAAAUCGGACUUCCAGACAAAGUGAUCAAUGCAUUUGGUCCAGAAGUGAUUGGGGAAAAUGUAGAAGGGAAGGUUCUUAGUGCAAGUGUUGCAGAACAUGAAGGAAGAACUUACUACCAGUUUGAGCUAGAGCCUCCUCAUAUUUUUAUUACUGCCACUGCAGCUGGCAAUCGCCUGUACUUGUUUGCUGUAACCGGCAGUGGCCUUCAGUGGAAGAGACACUACAAAGAUUUGAAGAAGAUAGCUGACUCUUUUCGAGUUGUAUAAUUGGGAUGAUCUGUGAAUUGAGAGAUCAUACGUAUGCAGCUUUCAGUAUCUGUAAUGUACUAUAUAACAAAGAAGUUGUUUCCCACUACUUUGUCUGAUUGGGAUUUCUGUGAAUUGAGAGAUCAUAUAUGUAAAUUCUUUGUACCUUCAAUAUACCCAUGCAGUUUAGUUA